UAACCUAACAAUCACAGAGGUUGAGAGGCUGGACUAUCAAGUUCGCAGGAGUAGUAGGCCCACGCUAAAAGUGAGAGAAUUUAAUUCGAUUGCGGCGUGGAAGUUAGCAAUAAAACUGAAAUUCACAGUGUUCGGGUAUAACUGCUAAUCGCACAAAAUGUCUCACAUGUCCUACAAUGGAGGGGCUGUUAUGGCCAUGAGAGGCAAGGAUUGUGUGGCAAUAGCUGCUGACCGGCGGUUUGGAAUUCAAGCACAGAUGGUCACGACUGACUUCCAGAAAAUCUUUCCAAUGGGUGAGAGGUUGUAUAUUGGACUGGCAGGUCUUGCCACAGAUGUACAGACUGUCUCACAGCGUCUUAAAUUCAGGUUGAAUCUGUAUGAACUAAAAGAAGGCAGACAGAUCAAACCAAAAACAUUUAUGAGCAUGGUUUCAAAUCUGCUUUAUGAACGACGAUUUGGUCCAUACUAUGUUGAGCCAGUAAUUGCGGGACUUGAUCCAAAGACACAUCAACCAUUUAUCUGUUCACUCGACUUGAUUGGCUGCCCAAUGGAGACUGAAGACUUUGUGGUCAGUGGAACGUGCUCAGAACAAAUGUACGGCAUGUGCGAGUCCCUCUGGGAACCAGACAUGGAACCAGAAGAUCUGUUUGAAACCAUUUCUCAGGCUAUGCUGAAUGCAGUGGAUAGAGAUGCUGUGUCUGGGAUGGGUGUCAUCGUGCAUAUCAUUGAAAAGGACAAGAUUACUACCAGAACGCUGAAGGCUCGCAUGGAUUGAAGACUUGCCUUCUUCAGUAAACGUUGCAGUGCAGCAGUUUUUUUUAUAUAAAAAAAAAUGUAAUUUCCCUUCCCCUGCACUGAAUCAGCUAGAGUAUCAGGCGAGAGUCAGUUAAACCCAAUAUCUUUCAUAUUCUAUCUGGUGUCUGAGUAUCCUGUGUAAUUUAAACAAAUAAAUUGGGUCUACAAACAAGGUU